UUCACCGAAGCGAGCGGCGUUUCUCGUUGCGUGCAGCGCUUUGGGAAAUUGGUUUUUACUAUAAUUAACUAACAUUUAUUAGCAAAAUUGUUAAAUAAAUCACAUUUAUCCUAAAAGUGCGUCCAAAAUGGAUGGCAAAUCAUUUCUCUACUCUUGGUGCGCCAAGAAGGGACUUACGCCGGUUUACGACAUUCGGGCGACAGGUCCAAAGCAUCGCCAACGCUUCCUAUGCGAGGUCCGCGUGGAAUCCAUCACCUAUGUCGGCGCCGGGAACUCCACAACAAAAAAGGAAGCCCAGAUGAAUGCUUCCAAGGACUUCGUCAGCUACCUGGUGCGGACCGGCCAGGUAGCUGCGAACGAGGUUCCGGAGGACACUAGAACUACAGUUAAGAAUGAAGAAGAUGAUCAGGGAAAUGGAGAUAUCCAGCAACAGCAGCUUAUGCAUGAGCAGCAGCAGCAAAGAUCUGUUUUUCAGGAUGGUAUGGGACCACAAAUGAUGGGUCAGGCGUACCAAGCAUAUGGUGGUCAAAGCCAGUCUUCUAACUUCACAUAUAUGGACCGCAUGCAACAACAAAAGAACGUAGAAGAUGCUGAAGACUUGGAUGUCAAUGCCAGUCUCCAUGGCAACUGGACCAUGGAGAACGCCAAGUCUAAACUGCACCAAUUCUUGCAGAUUAACAAGAUUAAUACCGAUUAUAUGUAUAAAGCGGUUGGGCCGGAUCAUACAAGGAGUUUUUGCUGCGAGAUGUCGAUAUACGUGCGUCAACUGGGUCGCAAUGUGACAGGCCGUGAGACCGCCUCGAACAAGCAGACCGCGAGCAAAUCGUGUGCGUUGUCCAUUGUGCGGCAGCUGUACCAUCUCGGUGUCAUUGAGGCCUUUAGUGGGACGCUGAAGAAAGACAGGUCUUCAGAAGGCAUAAUGAAGCCUUAUCCAGUAGCGAUCAGCCCAGAAUUGGAACAACAAUUAGAAAACACAUUGAGAGAUCUAGAAAUCCAGCCAGUGACAAUAGAUCCUUCAGGUACAUACUCAAGCGAGGAGGGCCAAUCAGGGCUGACGUUGCUACAAGUUGAUAGGGUGAAAGCGAUGCGGGAGGCGCGGCCUACGCCAGGGGGCGUGGUCUCCUGGUCCCCGCCCCAGGCUAAUUGGAACGCCUGGACUGGUUGUAAUAUUGAUGAAGGCCCAUUAGCCACUACAAGCCUGGAAGAUAUUAGUGCCGACCUUGAGAAACACCACAGAGAUAUGUGUCAAAACAGUACACUAUACCAGGAAAGUACCCGCGAAAGGGAACAGUUACCAGUUUACGCGAUGAGGUCGCAGAUCAUGGAAGCUAUCAAUGAGAACCCCGUUAUCAUCAUCAGAGGCAACACUGGAUGCGGAAAGACUACACAGGUGUGUCAAUUCAUCCUAGAUGACUACAUAGCAAGUGGACAAGGAGCCUGGGCCAACAUAUGCGUGACACAGCCGCGGCGUAUCUCCGCUGUGAGCGUCGCGGAGAGAGUCGCCAGCGAGCGCUGUGAGGACCUCGCUAAUAGUGUCGGGUACUCAGUCCGCUUCGAGUCGAUGCUGCCCAGACCAUACGGUUCCAUAAUGUUCUGUACCGUGGGAGUGCUGCUGAGGAAGCUGGAAGGUGGCCUCCGGGGUGUCAGUCAUGUGCUAGUUGAUGAGGUACACGAACGCGACGCCGACACAGAUUUCGCGCUAAUCUUGCUACGUGACAUGGCACACACGUACCCGGAUUUGCGCAUCAUUCUCAUGUCGGCUACUGUUGAUACCACGCUGUUCACUACCUACUUCGGGAAUUGUCCUGUUAUCGAGGUACCAGGCCGCACAUACCCAGUACAACAAUACUUCCUAGAAGACUGCGUGGAACUGACCAAGUUCGUGCCGCCCGCCGACGUACGCAAGCGCAAGGCCACCGGCAAGAAGACCAACGCCAGGGGGGAGGAGGAGGAUGAUGAUGAUGAAGGUGGUGCGGAUGAACAGGAUGAGGACUUGAACAAGAACUGUCAGCUAGGCAGCCAGUACCUGCCGACCACUAGCCAGAUUAUGGCCAGGUUAUCCGAAAGAGAUCUAAGUUUCGAGCUAAUAGAAAGCAUAUUGACCUACAUCCGCAACUUACAAGGCGACGGGGCGGUCCUCAUCUUCCUCCCUGGUUGGAACCUGAUAUUCGCUCUGGCCAAACACUUAUCUCAACACCAAGUGUUCGGCAAUACGUCACAGUAUGUUAUAUUGCCGUUGCACAGUCAGAUACCUAGGGAAGAUCAGAAGAAGGUGUUUGUUACGCCUCCACCGGGUAUGACUAAGGUGAUCCUAUCAACGAACAUAGCAGAGACGUCGAUCACGAUCAACGACGUGGUGUACGUGAUCGACUCGUGCAAGGCCAAGGUGAAACUGUUCACCUCGCACAACAACAUGACCUCGUACGCCACCGUCUGGGCUAGCAGGACUAACCUUGAACAGCGCAAAGGUCGUGCGGGUCGAGUAAGGCCUGGCGUUUGUUUCACGCUGUGUUCCCGCGCUCGCUUCGACCGGCUAGAGGAGCAUCAAACUGCUGAGAUGUUCCGAACGCCACUACAUGAGCUGGCUCUCAGUAUAAAGCUCCUCCGGCUGGGCAGCAUCGGGCACUUCCUGUCGAAGGCGCCGGAGCCGCCGCCGCUGGACGCCGUCAUCGAGGCCGAGGCGCUGCUGCGCGAGCUCGGCUGCCUCGACCACGCCGACUGCCUCACGCCGCUCGGCACUAUACUCGCCAAGCUGCCUAUAGAGCCCCGUCUCGGCAAGAUGAUGGUCCUAGGCUUUGUCCUGAGCGUGGGUGACGCGCUGACCACCAUGGCGGCCAACUCCACCACCUUCCCCGAGAUCUUCGUGGUGGAGGGGCGGAGGCGCCUGUCCAACCACCAGCGGGCGCUAGCAGGGGAUAGGGCUUCGGAUCAUGUCGCUAUGCUUAAUGCUUUUCAGAUGUGGGAAAGAGAGCAUGCUAAAGGCGAGGAAGCGGAGACGAGGUGGUGCGAGUGGAAGGGGCUGCAGCAGACCACCAUGAGGGUCACCUCUGAAGCCAAGUACCAGCUUACCAACAUCCUGACAACAGCCAUCGGUUUUCCUGAAGAAUGUUGCAUGGCACAGCGCUGGCACCCCGUGGGGUCAGACCCCACGCUGGACCUGGUGAUAGCUCUCAUGUGCAUGGGGCUCUACCCCAACGUGUGUCUGCAUCAGGGCAAGAGGAAGGUGCUAACAACAGAAGGCAAGCCAGCCCUAAUACACAAGACAUCAGUGAACUGCAGCAACCAGGAGCAGCGGUUCCCGUCGCCGCUGUUCGUGUUCGGCGAGAAGGUCCGCACCCGAGCCAUCAGCUGCAAGCAGACCAGCAUGGUGGCGCCGCUACACCUGCUGCUCUUCGCCAGCAGGAAGGUCGAGUGGAUAGACAACGUGGUCCGCCUAGACAACUGGUUAAACUUCGACAUGAACCCUCGCUCGGCGGCGCUGGUGACGGCUCUCAGGCCGGCUAUUGAGAAGCUGGUGGAGAGGGCUGCGGCCGAACCUGAUGCAGCUCUGCAGUUCUCGCCCAAUGAACAGAAGGUGGUAGACUGCAUAAAAUCGUUAUGCGUCAUCGAAGCAGGUGACUACAAUAUUCAACGAGAAUGCGGCGUCCCAAGCUUCAGACCCGACCCUGCCAAGAGAGGGAACCGGGGCUGGGGAACCACAGGCCCUCGCGGUGGGGGCUUUGGGGGAAACCAGGGCUUCGGCAACCAAGGUUUCGGUAACCGAGGAGGCUUCUGGGGACGAGGUGGUUUUAGCGGCGGUAACCCCGGCUUUGAAGGUGCGCAAGGCGGUUUCGGCGGAAACCAGGGCGGUUUUGGCGGGAACCAGGGUGGUUUCGGCGGGAACCAGGGAGGUUUCGGCAGUGGUAAUGGUUACGGCCGAGGCGGUUUCGGCAACCGAGGUUUUAACCGCGGAGGGUUCAGAGGCCGGGGCCGAGGACGCGGAAGUUGGUAAUCAUUCCACAUCUAGAAUAGUGACUUGUGAUCUAACUUAUGACUAAGUAAUAAACCAAUUAAAUGUGA